AUGCCGAAAUCUCGCUCGAAUAGAAACUCCGGAGUGCCACGUGGUUCGCAAUAUGUGGACGGGCAACUGAUUCACAUUGCCACAAAUCAGAAACUGUACGCACGAACCCACGUGUGUACUGUUUUCCGGGAGACGUUGCGUGCAUCCGAACAGUUCUCCAAACAAAAUGCGGUUCGAAUAAUGGAGAAGAAUUACAAAAAGCGACAGGCCCAUGGGAUGGCAAAUAUUCUGGAAGACAGAUUCACUUUGGAAAAGAUUAAAUCAAGUGGCAAGGAACCAUUCCGUUCGUGGUUGGCUUUUCGUGAAAUUGCUGACAUUCAACGCAGCAAAUCCAAGCCCGAAUAUUUCGUGAUGAGUGUGGAUUCCGAACUGAGUCAUCAAAAAUACUACGAGGUGUACAAAUGCAAAUCGAAGGAGGAUGCGUACAAAUUUGAGUCGUUUGUCAAACAAGCCCUGGCAGAUCCGGAAUUCCGCAUCCGUGACGGGCCCAUUUUGGAUGUGGUCCCAGUGAACGAUGAACCCGGGCGAGUUCGUUCCAUUGCACAUUUGGAAUUCCAAACAAGCCUUGAAUCACUGCACGAGAAUGAACGUGUGAGUACCAUGUAUCAAGCCACAAGUCCCACACCACCUGAAGGUUUUGAUAUUCCGCGAUCACCAUCGCCACCGCAAAUGAAACUUUCACCAGUCCUGCAACGCCAACAAAUGGUCAUGGCUGCCCCUCCGCCGGCACCUGUGUACGAACCGUCUCCACCACCGGUGAGAAGACGUUCACCAACACCGGAAUAUCGACCAGUAACAGCUAAAGCAGCUCAGGAUGACUUCACUUACAUUGAUUUUGACGCGCGCACAAGAAAUCCGUAUGAGAGCUCAACAGGACCGGUCUACAUGUAUUUGUCACGUCACAUCAGCCAACCGGAUCUCGGUCGACAAUCGCCUCCCUAUUCAUCUGGCCUGUAUAAUGGUCGUUCUUCGGGCAACUACGCAUACUGA